GUUGGUUUAAAAUAGAAUUUAAGCAAUAGAAAAUAAAAUAAAAAUAAAUAUUUAGAAAAGAAUAUUAUGAAAAACUUUUCCUUUUUUUAGUACAUAAAUUUCGAAAUACCGAAAUAAUCGUUAUUAUAUUAAAAAUAUCGGUCGGAUUCUCAGUAUUUUUCUGUAAACAGUGUUUUAAAUUUUAAAUUAAAAUUAAAAUGUGGGAUUAAAAAAAAAUAUUCUUAGAAGUCCAAAAGAAAAAAAAAAUAAGUGAACCGAGGACAGGAUUUUAUUGUAGCAUUUAAUUUUCAUUGCACUUAAUAUCAGAACAUAAAAGUGGACUAUGCAAUGGAAAUAUUGCAUCGAAUAUUUAAAAAUAAUUUAUAAUAGAUCAAGAAUAAUCUUUAAAGGAGAUAUACAAAGUAACCUUCAAUAUUGUCUUGCUUCUAUGAAAAAUGAAAAGAUCUGGUUCUACAAAUACCUUAGAGGAAACCUUAGAUAUUAGUAGUGACAAAGAGAGAACUGAAAGAACACAUUCCGAAUCGUCACCAAUUUUUCACAAAAAUCUUUUAAAAAAAUCAUUCUCCGAGGAUACUGUAACACAUAUUAUUGAAGAAGAAAUACCAUUAACACCACCAGCUAAAAUAAAAUCAAGAUCUCGAUUAAGUUCAGCAUUUCGUUCAUUACGUGGUACAAAAUCAUCUCGAAAAAAAGCUCCUGUUGAUCCUACAGAAGGUGGUUUAAUUACAUCAGGUGAAGAUAUUGAAAUUGAUCCAAAAAACGACGAUAAAGAGAAAACUAAAAAGAAAACAAAAUUAUCAAAAAAAUUUUCACUUACUAUUAAAAAGUAUCGUGGAGCACCUAAAAAAUCCAGUAGCAGUAGUGAAAAUAAAGAACAACAAGAGCAACAACAAUUAUUAAAAUCAUCUUUAACUACAUCAGAAACUUUAAGUUCUUCACAAACUUCAACUACACUGCAACAUCAUCCAUUAUCAGAUCUAGGGUCGUCUACAAACAGAAAAUACGAAAACAAUGAUAAUUUAAAUCUCUCACAAGUUAGUUUAAUUGAUUUGCCAAGUGACAACGAAACAGACAAUAAUAUAGAGAACAAUAAUGACUAUUACGACAAUGACGAAGACUACGAAGCAAACGUAAAAGAUAAUCAAGAUAAAAAAAAAUUCGAAUUUAAAAAGGAAAAUAAUAAAAAUUUGCAACAAAAGCAGAAUAUUAUUAGCCGCGAUGGUGUAAACUUCGUCAUAACUGAUAAGACCGGUAAAAAUUCAAAUAAAAAUAAUAAUAGUGAAAUAAAAUACUCAUCAAAAGAAUUAAAAGAAUCUGAAAAUCCAUUGAAAUUUGAGAAAGUUAGAAAAAUUCAAAUUACAAUACAAGGUAAAAAAAUUGAACGUGUUGAUAAAAAUCGCGAUAAAUUACCAACCACAACGACGUCGAUAUCAGGAGAAGAAGAUUAUUUAACGGCGACAGAAGUCGAGCAGACGACUAAAGAAACAUCUUCAUUGUCGCCGUCAUUAUCAAGUGAACGUAAAUUGAUUCUAGCAGAACAGUCACAUUCAUCUUUACCGGUCGUCACAUCAACAACAUCUACAAAUAAGAGACAAUCAAGGCGUAAAGCAAAAUCUUUGUCUAAAUCUUCUUCACCAAAAGAACAAACAAAAUCAUCCGAAAAACAAGAAAAACUUGUUAUUACACAAAGUUUAAGAGAUACCCCGCCAUCAGAACGUGCACCACCAAAACCAACACCACCAGAAGGUAAUAGUCCUAAUCUAAAUAAAGGUGCUAUUAAGAAAACACCAGUUCAAGAACAAAAAAUUAAAAAACCAAUUAACGAUUCCUCUGCUGAUUGGCAGAUGCAACAGCGUGAUAAAUCAUCAGAACGUGGUCGCAGAUAUCCAAGAGGACCUCGUCCAACCGACGACGAACUUUUACAAAUCGAAAAAACUCCAAAACAAAUAUUACAAUAUCCAAAAACUGGAAAUAAUAUACAAAAUCCAAAUUUAAGUGGAUCAAUUGGUGUCAUAGAAGCUAAAGAAAUUAUAUUUGACAUAGAAAAUUAUCCACCUUUACCACCAACACCACCUACACCACCAAAACAACAGCAUCAAUUUAGUGACGGUGGCAAUAAUAAUCAUCUGAUUGAAUUUUCAGUUGGUAAAAUUGUACGUUCACAACCAGUCAGCCAAUUAAAUAUUUCAGAUAGCCAACAACCAGAUUCAAUUUUAUUACCAUCAGUUAGUCCAAGUCCAUCUAGAAGUCGUCGUUUUGACAAAAAUAAAAGGAAUCGUAACGAAACCGAUUACUAUUCUGACGAGGAGGAACGAGAAUUAAUUGAAAGUAUUAAUAGAGAAAGUUAUUUAUCUGGAAUUAGUGAAUAUUCUUUAGAUUCUGAAUUAAUUGCAGCACAACAACAGCAGCAAAAUCAACAAGAACAACAGCAGCAACAGGAAUAUUUAGUGGUAAUGCCUGCUUUUGGAGAUUUAACUAUGGAUAAUGAGGUGGCGCCAAUAAUGACGUCAAGUGGUGAUAAACGAGAACAUUUAUAUAAAAUAUUAAUAAUAGGUGAAUUAGGUACUGGAAAAACAUCAUUUAUUAAACGAUAUGUUCAUAAAUUCUUUAGUCAAAAUUAUCGAGCAACAAUUGGUGUUGAUUUUGCACUAAAAGUAUUACAUUGGGAUCAAAAUACAAUUAUUAGAUUACAAUUAUGGGAUAUUGCUGGACAAGAACGUUUUGGUAAUAUGACAAGAGUUUAUUAUAAAGAUGCUGUUGGUGCAUUUAUUGUAUUUGAUGUAACGCGUAGUGGAACAUUUGAAUGUGUUAGUAAAUGGAAAGAAGAUCUUGAUUCAAAAGUUCAAUUACCUGAUGGUAGUCCAAUACCUUGUAUAUUAUUGGCAAAUAAGUGCGAUCAAGAAAAACAAGGUUUAGUUACAAAUCCAGAAAAAAUGGAUGAAUAUGUUAAAGAAAAUGGUUUUGCUGGUUGGUUCGAAACAUCAGCAAAAGAAAAUAUUAAUAUAGAUGAAGCAGCUAGAGCCCUAGUAAACAAGAUUCUUCUUAAUGAUAAAUUAAUAAGUGCUGCCGAUUUAGAUGCCGAUAAAAUUGAUUUGCAAGGAUCAUCGGGAUAUGGUGGUUCAGGCGGAAAGAAAAGAGAUUGCGCAUGCUGACAUCACUAAAAUUCAAAAAAAUUUGAUAGUUUUUUUUUGUAUCAUUACCAUUUAUUAUUAUGUAAAAUUAUUAAUACUAUACUAUAUUAAUAUUAUAUUAUAAUUAUUGUCAAUCAUGAAAUUUUCUCAAUAAGUUCCAUAAAUUUAUUAAUUAGAAAAAUCAUUGUUAAAAGUAAUCAACUCAAUUAAUUUUUUAAUUAAGAAUUAUAAUAUAGCAUUUUUCCUGUUAUAAUUUUUUAAUAUAUAUAAAUUAAAAAUUAAAAUAUUCAUUGUUAAUGUAUAAUUUAAAAUUUUUUGUAUUAAAUUAAAUAAUACACAUAGAUUCUCUUAAUAAUUUUAAAAAUUCAUUUCCAUAUUUAGAGAGAAAAAAUUGUUUUUUUUUUUUUAUAUUUUUGUUGCGCCUAUUUAAUUAUAAUAUUUUAGUUAUACAAUAUUAUAAAUUUAAGAUCUAUAUAAAUACGGCUAAAAUACCAUAGAAAAUACUUUUAUCAUUUAUAUAAAAUAUUUUAUGUAUUAUGUAAAACUUAUUUAAAAAAAUUUAAAACAUCGAAUCGAUGGUAAUAUUUAUCGUAAAAAUUUCAA